AUGGGUGCUUCAUAUCUGUUCCGGCCGAUACUUGUGUCGUGCCUCGCCGCCAUUCUGGCCGCAAUCACCAGCCCGGCUUCCGCUGUGCAGUUCUUCGUCGGCUACGGCAACCUCCCCUACGACCCUCUCUGUGCCGAGCCGUGUUUCCGGUCCUUCACGUCGUACAUGCUGGCGUGCCCCGACAGGAUAGACUCUAGCCAUGGUUCCGAUAUGUCGAUGAUGUCGACGUCCACCCCAUCCUGCUAUGCCGCGAGCACGCCGUUUCUGACGUCCGUGGCUUGGUGCAUGAGCUCCAAGUGCGCCGAGUACGCCGUCGCCGCCUCCAAGCUAAAGUUCAGCUGGAAGCAGACCGUCACCGGAGACAGGGCCGUGGCAUCCUGCUGGCGGUCGUCGUGCUUGCUGGGUGCUGGUUUCAUGUCGUGCUGUGGUACAAGAGUAUGA